AUGAAGAACGUCACCUCUCUCGCCUUGCUGGCCAUGGCCACUUUUGCGGUAGCCGACUAUGAUGUAAAUCACCCUUCUUCUAAUGCACCGUCUAAGCGUUCCUUCGGUUCCUCUUCCUAUGGUGGUUUCCCAAACAAGGGCGGCAACCCUCCUAUGCCCGACAAGCCCUACUCUUCCAAGUGCACCACGACCACGACCACCAGCACCACCAAGACCACCACAGUUCAACGCUCAUCGUCAACUUUGUCCUGUUCCACCUCAGCCUCUUCUUCUUUUUCUACUCCGACCAAAUCUACCUCCAUGUCCACCUCCUGUUCUACUACCGCCUCUUCCUCUGUUUCUUCUUCCGCCUUUACAUCAGUCUCUACCUCCGUUUCCAGCACCGCAUCUACCACCGCAUCAACCUCUGCCUCUUCCUCCACCUCAUCUUCCGCUUAUCCGGUUUCCUCGUCCUCUUCAGCCAAAACCACGACCACUCAGCUCUCCUCUACGUCAUCGUCUUCUGCUUCUUCUUCUUCUUCUUUUUCUUCAGCCCAAACCAAGACUGUCGAAACCAAAACCAUUAACCCUUCGUCUUCAAAGUCGCAUAAGCCAAGCCAGCCGCCUCAGAGCUGGACCACCAGCACCUUGACCCUGACCUCGACCACGACCUUCCUCGAGUGCCCGACCGCGACUCCGGACUGCCCCAUCAAAAAGCCCGCCACCACCACCGUCGUCGUCGUCACCACCACCGUGUGCCCCGUCACCAGCGCCACCCCGUCGCCCCCUCCGCCGCCGCCCAAGACCACAGCGGCUCCUCCUCCACUUCCUGCGGUCUCUUCGGAGCCACCCAAGACGACCGGAGCUCCUCCUCCCCCUCCCCCUCCCCCUCCUCCGCCGCCACCUCCUGCUUCCAGCGGAUCUCCUGCUCCGCCGCCGCCGCCUCCUCCUCCUCCCAAGACCACCAUGGUACCGCAGCCGCAGCCCCCUACCACCUCGACCACAACCUCUGCGCCGCCGAUCGUCACCGCCGCCGCAAACGCUCAGCGUGCCGGUGGUGUCCUGGCCGCCGUUGCUCUGGCCGCCGCCUUGCUCUAA